UGCGAAGGGUUUGGUCUGUGUGUGGAUCGCAGUGCGCGCUGACACGCAGCUCAGCGACAAGGCCACCGGGAGCACAGCACGACUGGAAACGAUUAACAGAUGGCACAGUGUGUGACUAAAGUAGAGCUGAGUAUCACCUGCGACAAUCUGCUGGAUAGAGAUGUUGGGUCAAAGUCUGAUCCAUUGUGUGUGUUCUUGAUAAGCACUGGUGAAAAACAAUGGAUUGAGAUUGAUCGCACAGAAAGAGUUGAAAAUUGCUUGUCUCCGAAAUUCUCCAAGAAGUUCCUGGUAGAUUAUUAUUUUGAGCAGGUUCAAAAAUUGAAGCUUGCAAUUUAUGAUAUUGACAAUAAAACCAUUGACUUGAAUGAUGAUGAUUUCCUGGGAGAAUUUGAAUGCACUCUGGGGCAGAUUGUCUCCAGCAAGAAACUGAUGAGACCGCUCCUGUUAAAAAAUGGAAAGCCUGCAGGGAAAGGAACAAUCACGAUAUUUGCAGAAGAGGUAAAAGAUAACCGAAUGAUAAACUUUGAAGUUGAAGCUCGAAAACUGGAUAAUAAGGAUUUCUUUGGGAAAUCUGAUCCUUAUUUAGAGUUCUACAAACAGACUGAUGAUGGAAAAUGGCAGAUGGCGCAUAGAACUGAGGUCAUCAAAAAUAACUUGAAUCCCACUUGGAGACCCUUUAAAAUCCCUUUACAUUCUCUGUGCAAUGCUGAUUUACAGAAGCCUGUCAAGGUGGACUGUUAUGACUAUGAUGAUGAUGGGUCACAUGACCUAAUAGGUUCAUUUGAGACUAACGUCGAAAAACUCCAAGAGGCCUCCCAGAACUCAACAGAGUUUGAGUGUGUUAAUGUAAAGAAAAAGGAGAAGAAAAAGAAUUACAAGAAUUCUGGAACUUUGAGGGUUAAAUUAUGUCAGAUUGUGAAGGAGUACACUUUUCUGGACUUCAUUAUGGGUGGAUGUCAAUUGAACUUUACUGUCGGGGUCGAUUUUACAGGUUCAAAUGGAGACCCUCGUUCACCAGAUUCCCUACAUCAUAUCAGUCCUAAUGGACUUAAUGAAUAUCUGAUGGCAAUCUGGUCUGUUGGAAUGGUCGUUCAAGACUAUGAUUCAGAUAAAUUGUUUCCAGCAUUUGGAUUUGGUGCACAGAUACCCCCAAACUGGCAGGUAUCACACGAGUUUCCACUUAACUUCAGUGCUGAUAACCCAUUCUGUUCAGGUGUGCAAGGGAUUGUGGAUGCCUACCGCAACUGUCUGCCUCAAGUCAAGCUAUAUGGGCCCACAAACUUCUCUCCCAUAAUAAACCAUGUGGCUGGAUUUGGAGCUGCAGCAGCACAGCAACCAGCAGCUUCACAAUAUUACAUCCUGCUGAUCAUCACGGACGGAGUGAUAACUGAUUUAGAUGAUACACGACGUGCCAUAGUCAACGCUUCCAAAUUGCCAAUGUCCAUCAUCAUCAUUGGUGUUGGUGGGGCUGAUUUCACUGCCAUGGAGUUCCUGGAUGGUGAUGAUGGUGUUCUUCGAUCCCCCACCGGAGAAAUGGCCAUCCGAGAUAUAGUCCAGUUUGUGCCUUUCAGAAAGUUUCAAAAUGCACCUAAAGAAGCUCUUGCACAAAGUGUAUUGGCUGAAGUGCCUCAGCAAGUGGUGUCCUACUUCAACACACGUAAACUGCGCCCUCCCAAUGAGACCAGUACCUGAGUGUCUCUGGAUGUACCUAUCAUUGUACUUUAGUGGUUUAUACACAUGUUUAUUAUGGAAGUAUAUGUGCCAUAGCUAUAAUGUGUUUAUAUUGUGAUUAAUCAGAAUGCUGUUAUAAAGAAGGAUAGUAUGGAGAAGAGAAAUUGUACUUAUUUCUUCUCUUUUUCUCUCUGUAUCUAUGAUAUAUGUGUAUAAACUUCAAGACAUUUAAUUUCUCUCCUCUAUACACACUUUGUAGAGACUUGACAUUUUGGGAUCUCUUCCUGCAAGAUUCAUUCAUGGAGGAUUUGGUAUAUAUUACAAGCAUGCAUCAAAGUGUCUCAAUAGUUCAAGACAGAAGUUAGCUAGAAGACUUAUGCAGAUGAUGAUCCAAAGGGCACCUGAGAGGGCACUCUGUGUGUUUUCAGUGAGCCAUACAGAUCAGAAAAAUCCCACAUUCAUUGGCUACAAAUACAAUCACUGUGUUUUACAGUACAAUCCUGUGAAGCACUUUAGAUGUUUUGACAGUGUGAUAAGGCACGAUAGCAAAUAUAAAGAUUAUUAUUAUAUGAUGCAUUUUGGUAAUACAUUUAAUGUGCAACCAGAUAAUACCAAACAUGUAUAGUAAACUGCUGAUAACUCAUUACUCCCAAGGGAAAAGGGCUCAGUAGCAAGGUAGGUAUAUGUAUAAAUACAUAAAUAAAUGCGGUGGGGAUAUUGACAUCAUGAUGAGUUGUAGUGACAAGUUAAGCCAGGGUUGAGUUAUCAGGAGUUUAUUAUGUAUGUAACCAAAUGAAAGCCAAGUCAUCAUCUGAACUGAUUCAUGUCCUUAAAGGGAAUUGUUUUCUGAUAUCCAUCAUCUUCUUUGUCAUGUACAUUGCUUAUGGCACUUCUGUAAUAAUGAAUAAAACAUCUCUUAUAGAA